AUGGACGAGAUGCAGUCAGCGCUGCAGGAACUAUUCGAGAAGAACGAAACCAUGGCGGAGGAAUGCGAGAGGCUGCGCGAAGCGAACAGUCGCUUGACGGAGGAGAACGCAGAGCUGCUUAGUCGACUAUCAGCGCCCUGCAACUGCGCAAACGCAAACUGGAUCAGCGGAGUCCCUCCUUCGGCCGAAAGGAACGACCACACAUUCAGCAGCGGCUCCGGGUCCGGGCAGUUUGCGGGAGCGACAGAGGGCGCUUUUGCAGACGGCGCUGAUCUGCCUUCUCUGCCGGAUCUGCUCGACCAGUUCGACGUCGACGAAUCCCUCGAAGAGCUCGCGCAAUCUCUUCUCCAAGAUAUCGCCAGAGACCUGGAGGAGGCUGCUAACAGGCAAAACCAAGAGGAACCCGUCUCCGAUAAACAACGUAAUAAUCGGGAAAUGGUGGGGUCGCCAUCAGAAAAACUGGAAUCCUGUGGAAGCGCACUAGAAGAUGUAUCGUCGGACGACGACGACAUCUCGAAAUACCUGCUGCUUCAUCACAACUACAGUCUGAAACCAAAAAAGAACGCGCCCAAAAAAUCGACGAAACCAAAAUACAAAAAAAUCGUUCCGAAAGUGGAGCAGCCCCAUCUGCAAGUCAUCACCAUGGACCCUGCCAAAGUGACAGCCACUCUUACAGACGACAACGAGGUGGUUUAUUACGCCUUCGACGAAAUCACGAACUCUCUCACCGUUUUCUCUGCGGAAGACGCAGAAGUCGAAGUGGUCAACUGCGAGGAGGCGGAUGUUUCCUCCGCCGCCUCGGAUUACGGAUACGAAUCGCACGGGUCUCCGGAUCAUAUCAGCGAAGUCGAAGAUAUUUGGGAUAAGAGUAUAUCCGAAUUGUUUCCGACUUUAGCCUGAGUUUCGUAGAGAGUCGUUUGUAAGUUUAGCUGUUAAGGAUAUUUAUUUUUGUAUUUUGUUUUUUAUGAGAUUAAUAAUAAAAUUGUGUUAAGUGGCAUAAAAUUUGUUUUAUUGCAAAAUACCAGAUUUCCCUACAGUGAACAAG